CUACAAGUAUCGAUUCAGGCAAAGUAUAAACAGGCAGUUUGAAAAAGUCAACUCAACGAGUCAGUAACAGACAACAGAAAAAAGCAAAACAAACUAUUGUUGUGUGGAGAACAACACAUCAAAUUUCAUAAUCUGUGAAUUAAAAUAUUAGAAACAUAAAUUUCUUGUAUACAAAGAAAAAAGAAAAACGAGAGAAACAACAUGAAGUCGUUGAUUGCCAUUGCUGUGCUCGCCGCUAUUUGCGCCGUAGUUAAAACCGAGGAAGUCUGUCAUAAUAAUGUUGUCAGAGCUUGUGCCUCUUCCACUCUCUCUGCAAUUGCGGGAAUGUUUGCUAGUGAAAGUGCCAAUGUUUGCAAUGCCCGCAUGGGUGGCAUCGAUCACAUUGAACCCGAAGUUCAGGCCUAUGUUAACUCUCAAUUGACCAAAUCCUAUGACUACUUGUUGUUGGCCACCUACUUCAACAACUACCAAAAGAAUCGUCCCGGCUUCCAGAAAUUGUACCAAGGCUUGUCCGAUCGUUCUUUCGACGAUACCAUUGCCUUGAUCAAGAAAUUGACCAGCCGUGGUGGUAAGGUUAACUUCAACACCGUCCACGAAAGCCCUGCCACCGUCUCCAAGGUACGCAUGCAAAUGGAAGUCGAUGAAUUGCACUCUUUGGCUAUGGCUUUGGAUAACGAGAAGACUUUGAGUGCUGGUGCCAUGCAUGUUCACACCCGUGCCCUCCACUCCACUGAACGCGAUCCCGAAAUUGCCCACUACAUUGAAGAGAACUUCUUGACCAAACAAGCUGAGACCGUACGCAAAUUGUCUGGUUAUGCCAACGAUUUGUCCAAAUUGAUGAACGUACAAGACCCCUCAUUGGCUGUCUACUUGUUCGAUGAAUAUUUGCAAAAGCAAUAAAUUUAAUAAAUGAGAUUUAACAAAAAUUCAAACAACAUCAUCAAUGUAGAAACCACCAUCUAGUAACAACAAAAGAGUUUGAAAAGGGGGAAAGGAAUAAACAACAGCAAACAACAAAAAGUGGAGGGUCCCCACAUCAAACGGAAUUAACAGCUUGCCGGUCUUAGUCGUUAUCAGCCCUCUACAAUCAUAUAAUUAUCUAUCUACUCUUUGUUGAGCAUUUAAAUGAACACAAUUGUCAAUUGAUCUGGUUUUUGCUUAAAAUAAAUUACAAUUCGAAAUUGUUUGAGUAUUAUAUGAAAUUCACAA